AUGAUAUCCAACUUCCGUGUCAUCAUUGUAGGCGGCGGCGUGGCCGGGCUUACAGCUUCCCAUGCCCUCCAGAAGGCAGGAAUCGAUCAUGUUGUGCUUGAAAGAUCAAAAGAAGUGGCUCCCCCAGUUGGGGCCAGUAUUGCCAUCUACCCGCAGGGAGCACGCAUUUUAUCCCAGAUCGGGUGCCUUGAGACGGCGAAGGCGGCCUGUCGCCCCUGCGAGCGAUUCAUCACCAGGGGACCCGAUGGAAAGGUCUGGAUCAAUAGUGACUUUUUCAGGAAUGUUCAAGCCAACCAUGGACAGGACAUUCUCCUCCUCGAAAGGAGGGAAUUCUUGCAAAUUCUGUACGAUUGCCUCCCCAACAAGUCUUUCAUUAAACUCGGAUGCAGAGUCCGUGAUGUGACUCAGGAUAGCAACGGGGUCGAAGUGAUCCUCGACGACGGGACGGUCGAACGAGGCGACAUGGUGCUGGGCUGCGACGGCGUGCACAGCCUGGUUAAACAGAGAAUGUGGGACCUGGCCAACCAGAAGAUCCCGCGGGUUAUCACGGCGCAGGAGAAGACCUCGAUGGUCCCAGGUGGAAAUGUCUAG